GCGUGCUGCUCAGUGCGCAUGCGCACAUCCCGGUGUCCGGUGUCAGACUGUCAGUGAGCAGCUGUUGAGACCAUGAACGGCAGAACCGACACGGCAAAGACAACGCACCCAGAAUAACCGAACCGGAGCCGAACCAGUCCUGCUCCACUGCUCCCGGUGCAGAGGCCGCGAAGAGCGGGCAAGACACCGAAGAGGAGCCGCUGAGCCGCUGCUGGAGCUAACGGAGCUAACAGGCUAAGUGACAGCAGACCGUCAGCUGUUAGCUAACAGGCUAACGCGCAGGCCCAUGUGCACCACGCUGACCCGUUAUCAAACGCUCUGACCCGGGUUACACCGAGGCCCUCCUAGAUCCCGGGUCUUCGGUGAAGUUCAGCCGACUGAAGCUGACUGAAGCCCCGCAGAGACGAGACGACACGAGCCGGGUCUCCAUCAUGUUGAUAGCAGCAGUUGGAGCUGGAACUGAAGACUCUGCCAUCACUGGCAAAAAACAGCGACGCAGAGGAAAGAAACACCGGAAAGUUCGAGCAGAGAAGAAGCCUGAGGAUCUUCUGAGUCUGGAUCCUGACAGCAGCCGCCAUCACUCGCCACAAACCAUGACACCGUCACAGCCAGAGGAACUCCAUGAAGCUCCGCCUCUCUCCCCCACCUCAGCCAGUCAAACUGCUCCCUCUCCCCCACAGGCCUCAUCACCUCCUCCCCCAAACUCCGCCUACAUACAUCGCCCCGUCUCUCCCCUGCUGCCUCUUCCACCUGCCGCCCUGCCCCCUGGCGACGCCCCGUCCGCACCCACCGUGACGCCUCACACCUUCACACAGCCACUUCCUGCCAACAGGCUCAGCCAAUUAGACGCAGUGCACAAUGAUACCCAUAAUUCCUCCAGAUCACCUCACAGAACUCUUCAGUCCCGUCCCUGUCCAUCACCUCCCGCCUCGCAAUCACACCCCACCCCGUUGUUAAGCCCCUCCCACCACGACGAUCCCUUCCUGCUGACCUCGGUGACAUUCACCUCUAGUGUCUCCUCCCACUUCUACUCCCCCCUCUGCUCCACGUCCACUUCCUUCCUCCGCUCCCACGACUCUAUGGACCCUCCCAUUGGUUUGUCUCCUGUGAUGUCAUCCACACAUCAUCAAUUGACCACACCCCCUCUCGUGUUGACCCCACCUCCUCCAGAGUUAUGUCCGCCCCCUGCUCAGCUGCUGGGCUCUGACGAUGAGGAGCAGGAAGAUCCGUCGGACUACUGCAAAGGUGGUUACUACCCGGUCAAGAUUGGUGACCUGUUCAAUGGAAGAUACCAUGUGGUCAGAAAACUGGGCUGGGGACAUUUUUCUACAGUGUGGCUCUGCUGGGACCUGCAGAGAAAGCGUUUUGUGGCGUUGAAGGUGGUGAAAAGUGCAGCUCACUACACUGAGACCGCUCUGGAUGAGAUUAAACUGCUGAGAUGUGUCAGAGACAGUGACCCCUCUGACCCUCACAGAGAAACUAUCGUCCAGCUCAUCGAUGACUUCAAGAUUUCUGGAAUCAACGGAGUCCAUGUCUGUAUGGUUCUAGAGGUUUUGGGUCAUCAGCUGUUAAAGUGGAUCAUUAAGUCAAACUACAUGGGUCUUCCUCUGGUCUGUGUCAAGACUAUCCUGAAACAGGUGUUGCAGGGUCUCCAGUAUCUUCACACUAAGUGUAAAAUCAUCCACACUGACAUCAAACCAGAGAACAUUUUACUGGAGGUGGACGAGGUUUACAUCAGGAGACUUGCAGCUGAGGCCACUGUCUGGCAGAGAGCUGGAGCUCCACCCCCUUCAGGCUCAUCAGUCAGCACGGCUCCCAGGGAUUUAGAGUUUGAUAAACUGUCAAAGAACAAGAAGAAGAAGAUAAAGAGAAAAGCCAAGCGUCAGCAGAAACUGUUGGAGGAGAGACUGGUGGACAUACAGAGGAUGGAGGACGAGGAAGGUCAACACAGUGAAGACACACACAGUAACUGCUCUCUGGUCGUCAAUGGCAACACUUCCUGCUCCACAACCAAUAGUAAAGCCAGUCCUGAGUCUGGCUGCUCCUGGUUGGAUGACACUUUGAAUGGCCACACCCCUGGCCGGUUCUCCAGCCCCGCCUCCGGCCUAUCAGGCUUCUCCAGCUCUGUGAUGUCAGCAACUUCUGAGUCAGCACUUUCUACUCAGUCAGGAUACUCGAGCGGACGAGACGUAUUCAGUGCGACAGAUUUCGUCCUCAGUCCUCUGGAUCCUCAAAAUGCAGACAAACUGAAAGUGAAGAUCGCUGAUCUUGGAAAUGCCUGCUGGGUGCACAAACACUUCACAGAGGACAUUCAGACAAGACAGUACCGAGCUGUGGAGGUUCUGAUUGGAGCAGAGUACGGACCUCCUGCUGACAUCUGGAGCACAGCCUGCAUGGCAUUUGAGUUGGCCACAGGAGAUUAUAUGUUUGAACCUCACUCAGGAGAAGAUUACACCAGAGAUGAAGAUCACAUCGCUCACAUCAUCGAGCUGCUCGGUCCGAUGCCUGUGCCUUUCGCUCUGUCUGGCAGGUACUCCAGAGAGUACUUCAACAGGAGAGGUGAGCUGCGUCACAUCUCUAAUCUCAAACCGUGGGGUCUCUUCGAGGUUCUCCUGGAGAAGUACGAGUGGCCGUUGGAUCAGGCGGCUCAGUUCAGCGACUUCCUGUCCACCAUGUUGGAGUUGCAUCCUGAUCGCAGAGCGACAGCGGCGCAGUGUCUGCAGCACGCAUGGCUGCAGACGUAAACACACACACACACGUGUGACACUGUGGUACGUUGUGUCACGUUGGAAAUAAUCAUCUGGACUGAAUCUGUGCUCUGAUUGGUUGAUUGUGUGUGAGCGAUUGUUCAGUGUUUGUGUUGGCAGCAGAUUCUACUGAGGCUGAAUCUACAGGUCACUGUUAACACACACACACACACACACACAGAAACCCCAGAGUGAGUGAGUGAGAGUGAAUGAGUGAGUGAUCAGGUAAGUGUCAGGUAAACGGAGUGUAAAAGUAUUUGUUGUGAGGUUUGUAUGCGGCGGCCACAGUAGAGACGCUGAGUCAUGUUGUGAGAUGAUGAUGAUGAUGAUGAUGAUGAAGAACGUCUGCUGCUGAUUGGUUGGUUACCGUCUGUUAAAUGUGGAGUUCCUCUGGGAUCAGAGUCAGAUCCUCUGUCAGUCUGAGAACCAGCAGAGUCUCUGUCCUUUGUGGGACGGAGUGUGUUGGACAGUGAACGCGUGGAUUCAGCCUCAGGUGACGUCUCCCUCUCUUUGCUGACCUUUGACCUCCAACAACACGUUAGAAAAACUUUUAAACUGAUCAAUAUUUGUUUUGAUCGAUUCUACUGAUUUGUUUGUUUUGAUUUUUUCAGUUUGAUCAUUGAUCAAACCUUCAGUCGACCGUCUCACUGACUCUGAUCACAGUAUUGACCUAUGACCUCACCUGUUUCUAAACAACUAGUGCCUUGAAAUUGUCCCUGGCCCCGCCCCUGUCACAUGACACCUGUUUGUUUUUUUUCUACAUGUGUCAUUUGUGUGGAAUGUUGUUUUUUUUCUUUUCUUUUGUGAAAAUAAACGUCAAUGAAAAUUCAAACCAACA